AUAUAUAUAAAUAUACCUAAAACCACAAGUGUAAAGCAAAGAGAUAGUUCUAGAAUAAGCAUCUUGAUUCAAUACCACAAAGAAAAAAAAUUAUUUUCUCUUUCUUUUAUUGUUCUUUCUAUCACUUCUUUUAUUGUUGUCGAUAUUGAAAACGUUCUUCUUUUCUUGAUUUUCGUUCCAUGGCGGACGAAUUUCAACUAGGUGGAGGAGAUUGGCGGGAAAAUAAUACAUCCACGUCAUCAAGAAGUAGGUUUGAUAGUGGUUCAUCUGGUAUGCCCAUAGCUUCCACGUCGACCACUACUACUAACUAUAGUAGUAACUGGCCGACAGAAGCUGAUCAUGAUCAUGUGGACAUCAAACCUAGGACUUUCUUGGAUUCCGUGUCGGUGUCUCGAUCUUCGAGGAGUCAUGAUGACGGUGGUGGUGGAGGAGGAGGUGGAAGCGAAGACGUUUUGUCUUCACAUGAUCCUAACUUCCAAAUUAUGAGUUUAGGUCUUACUUCUCAUCAACCACAUGAAUGGAACCACCAAUCUUUAUUGAAUUAUGAAGAUUCAUCAUCACAAAUGAGUAUUAGGGGUUUUUCAUUAGAUCAGAAUAAUUCAAUAUUUAGCCAUUCAUCAAAUUAUGAAGUAGCUGAUAAUCAUCAAGUGUUGCAUUCGUCUACGAUGAAUUCUUGGUCUAAAUUUCCUCAAUUUUUUCAAACAUCGCCACCAUCAGAACAAUCACUGUUGCUGGCACCGGCGCCGCGACGGCCUCACAGCCAGCUGCAUUUCUCAAAUAAUACUCCUUUUUGGAAUGCAAGUGCAGCUGCCAUGAAUGAUGUUCAAUCAAGUCUAUUUUCUUCUAAUUUGCAUAAUCCACAACUUCCCAAUGACACCACAACAGUUGAUGAGAAAGCAAAGAAUAUUGGAGAGGUUAAAGAUAUAAAUAAAAUUAUAUCAAAGAAAAUCAACAAUGCUGAAACUUCAAAUAAAAGAUCAAGGAAUGAAACUCCAUCUCCAUCGCCAGUGUUUAAGGUGAGAAAAGAGAAAAUGGGAGACAGAAUCACUGCACUUCAACAAUUAGUUUCACCUUUUGGAAAGACAGAUACAGCAUCUGUACUAUCAGAAGCAAUUGAGUACAUUAAGUUCCUACAUGAUCAAAUUGGUGCGUUAAGCGCCCCAUAUAUGAAAAGUGGAGCAUCGAUGCAGCAUCAUCAGCAGAACGAUAAUAAAUUCGAGGAUGCUGAAAAAGAAAGAAAUAAAGAUAUGAGAGGUCGAGGAUUAUGUUUGGUACCAAUUUCAAGUACUUUCCCAGUAACUCAUGAGACCACUGUUGAUUUUUGGACACCUACUUUUGGUUCUCCUUUUAAAUAAUUUUCGUUCACUCAUCGCAACUAUUUUCCAUCGUAAAUAUUUUCGCUGGAAAUUAACUGACCUAGGCGAAUUCAGAAUAUGAAAUUGAUGUACUCGACGCGUUGAACUGCUUGUUACUGUACUUUUGGAACUACGCGUUCAAAAGUUGGUAAGAUUUUCUGUGUUGCUUGAACUCUUCAAAAAUAUUAUUACACCCGCCCAGCCGAGUUGGAUUCCAAAAAGGAAAAAAUGAAGAGAUGAAUUUUUGAGCAUUCAACAUGUUGUCAUCGAUAUUUUUGAAGAGUCUGAGCAAUAUUGAUUUUUUAUUUAUUUAAGUUAUAUACAUCAUUAAUAUGAAAGAACUACAUUAUCAAAUUACUUUUAUCUGUUUUAUAUAAUGUAACAUGUCUUACUUUUAAGAUUAUAUAUAAAUUUAACAGUAUA